AUGGCGGAUAGGCACGGAGGAAAAGCCGGAAGAAGGCGGAGUGGGAGGAGCCGGCAGGGGGCGUGUCCUGGCUGCAGAGAGGUUCGGAUGGGCGUAGCCAGCAGCCCCUACUGGGCUUUCCAUCAAGGAGGCGCACACACCGCAGCCAGCCGGGUCCCUCCGUCGUCUCCUGGGGGCGGGUCACCACUGGCUCCGCCCCUGUCCGGAAACUUCCCUCUUGGAAGGUGUCACCUGAGUUUCCGAGAUUUGACGGGAGUUGGGCCGCCGACUUCCAGUCCCUCGGCGAUGGAGAGCACCCAGGAGAAACCCGCGGAGUCUAGUUCCCCCGUCCCCGGGUCCGAAGAGCCUGCCGGCUUGGCCAGGGACCCCGACGUGUUGCCUCCCAAGGAGUCGGAAGGCUGCGCCCGGCCCCUGGAGACGACCCCCAAGAAACUCUGUGGAUAUUUAAGUAAGUUUGGCGGCAAAGGGCCCAUCCGGGGCUGGAAAUCCCGCUGGUUCUUCUACGACGAGAGGAAAUGCCACCUGUAUUAUUCGCGGACCGCGCAGGAUGCAAAUCCCUUGGACAGUAUCGACCUCUCCAGUGCAGUCUUUGACUGCAAGGCGGACGCCGAGGAGGGGACUUUCGAAAUCAAGACUCCCAGCCGGAUUAUUACCUUGAAGGCCGCCACCAAGCAAGCGAUGCUAUAUUGGCUGCAGCAGCUGCAGAUGAAGCGCUGGGAGUUCCACAACAGCCCGCCUGCACCUCCCGCCGUCCCUGACGCUGCCCUGGCUGGGAAUGGGCCUGCCCUGCGCCUCGAGCUAGAGCAAGAGGAGGCGGAGCUAGAGGAGUUCCUGUGUCCCGUGAAAACGCCUACUGGGCUUGUGGGCAUGGCAGCUGCCUUGCAGCCGGUCCCUGCUAUGCCCUUGGCCCUUCAGAAUAUCUCCCUCAAGCACCUGGGAACUGAAAUACAAAACACGAUGUACAACAUCCGGGGCAACAAGCAGACCCAAGGAACAGGCCACAGACCCCCAGGAGAAGAUUCUCCACUGAGCGAGGAGCCUCAGAGGGAGGAGCAGCCCUCGCCUCCUGACCUCAGCGCCCCAGGGAAAGAUCCAGCAGAUUCUCUGAAGCCUACACCCAAGUCCUCUCUGACCGCCAAUCUCAUUCAGAAACCCAAGCGCCAGAACAACACCUUCCCGCUCUUCACUGAAGGACUCACUCGGAACCGAACCGCCCAGGAGAAAGUGCUGGCCUUGGAGCAGCAGGUUCUGAUGCUCACCAAGGAGCUAAAGGCUCAGAAGGAGCUGGUGAAGAUCCUGCACAAGGCGCUGGAGGCUGCCCAGCAGGAGAAGAGGGUUUCCAGUGCGUACCUGGCAGCAGCCGAGGACAAGGACCGGCUGGAGCUGGUGCGGCACAAAGUGCGGCAGAUCGCGGAGCUGCGCAGGCGGGUGGAGGCCCUGGAACAGGAGCGGGAGAGCCUGGUGCAGGCGGCGAGCCUGCGGGAGCAGGAGGUGCAGGAGCUGCGGCAGCACGUGCAGCUGCUCAUGGACAAGAACGAGGCUAAGCAGCAGGUCAUCUGUAAACUCUCUGAGAAGGUCACCCAGGACUUCAUGCAUCCCCCCCGCCAGCCCCCUGCGCCCCCAGAUGCAGCUGACAGGGACCUCCUGAGCCAACAGGAAAAGAUGGAGCACCUGAAGGAUGACAUGGAAGCAUACCGGACCCAGAACCUCUUUCUCAACUCCGAGAUCCACCAGGUCACAAAGAUCUGGAGAAAGGUGGCUGAGAAGGAGAAGGCCCUCCUGAUGAAGUGUGCCUACCUCCAAGCCAAGAACUGCCAGGUGGAAAGCAAGUACCUGGCAGGGCUGCGGAGGCUGCAGGAGGCCGUGGGGGUUGAGGCAGGCGAGUGCUCGGAGCUACUGAGGCAGCUCAUCCAGGAGGCGCUGCAGUGGGAAGCCAGCGAGGCCUCAGCUGACAGCGUCGUGCUGAGCCCCAUCAGCGAGUAUGACGAGUACGGCUUCCUGACAGUACCCAACUACGAGGUGGAAGACCUGAGGCUGCUGGCCAAGAUCCAGGCGCUGGAAGUGCACUCCCACCACCUGCUGGCCCACGAGGCCGUGGAGCAGCCGCUGCGGGAGCGCUGGGCUGCCCUGGGCGAGCUGGCCCCCUCGCUGGAGAUCAAGCAGCUGCUGCGGGCGGGCGUGCCCCGCGAGCACCGGCCGCGCGUCUGGAAAUGGCUGGUCCGCCUCCGUGUCCAGCACCUGCAGGGCCCCGGCCGCUACCAGGAGCUACUGAGCCGGGGCCAGGCCUGCAAGCACCCUGCCGCACGCCAGAUCGAGCUGGACCUGAACCGGACCUUCCCCAGCAACAAGCAUUUCACCUGUCCCGCCUCCAGCUUCCCUGACAGGCUCCGCCGGGUACUGCUGGCUUUCUCCUGGCAGAACCCUGCCAUCGGCUACUGCCAGGGCCUAAACAGACUGGCGGCCAUCGCUCUGCUGGUCCUGGAUGAGGAGGAGAGUGCCUUCUGGUGUCUGGUGGCCAUUGUGGAGACCAUCAUGCCAGCUGAUUACUACAGCAAGACGCUCUUGGCAUCCCAGGUGGACCAGCGAGUGCUGCAGGACCUCCUCUCGGAGAAGCUGCCCAAACUGAUGGCCCACCUGGGGCAGCGCCGUGUGGACCUGUCCUUCAUCACCUUCAACUGGCUCCUCGUAGUCUUCGCAGACAGUCUCAUCAGCAACAUCCUCCUCCAGGUCUGGGACGCCUUCCUCUACGAGGGCACCAAGGUGGUGUUCCGCUAUGCCUUGGCCAUCUUCAAGUACAACGAGGAGGAGAUCCUGAGGCUGCAGGAUGGCCUGGAGAUCUACCAGUACCUGCGCUUCUUCACCAAGACCGUUUGCGACAGCCGGAAGCUGAUGAACAUCGCCUUCAACGACAUGAACCCCUUUCCUAAGAAACAGCUACGCCAUCUGCGGAUGGCCCACCGGGAGCGGCUGGAGGCUGAGCUGCACGAGCUGGAGCAGCUCAAGGCCGAGUACUUGGAGACCCGGGCAGCCCAGGGCCCUGCAGUGCCCGAGGGUUGCACCAGCGAGGAUGAGGGCGAGGCGGAGCCCUGACUUGGCUACCUGCCCUCCCCAAAGCCCUUUCUCGCCCUUGGCUGGCAGGCCCAUAGGAGGACAGCCACGGAGCAGUGGUCGAGGCUCCGCUGAGCCCCAUCACCAUGUGACCCUGGGCGAGUCCCUUCCCCUCUCUGGGACUCAGUCUCCCCAUUGGAACAUUGGCUCCUGAAGCCAUUGGUUGGGUUAUCUCCUCCUGAGCACACACCCAGGAUACACCCCUUCUCACUUCCUCUGCAGAGCAUUUUAGCACCCAGACAAGCAAGAGUGCUGUCUUCAUAGGGUAACCUUGAACAUUCUCUAAGUUUUAUCUGUGUAUGACAGUGUAAAUAUUGGAAAUAGUU